CGGGGAGAUGCUGCGCGGCGCCGCUCCGCGUCUCCCGCCGCUCCCGCCGCUCCUGCCUCCCCCAGGGCCGCCGGAGAGGGGCACCCGCUCGGCGGGGCCGGUCCCCGAGCGCAGCCCUAGGGAGGAGGAUCCGCCGGCCCCGGGAGGAGGAGAUGGAGGCAGCGGGAAAGGCGAGGGGGAAGCCGGCCGGGAGGGCGACAGAGCACCCUUAUCCCCGUCCCCUGGUAGGCCCCACGGCACGGUCCGCAGUUCGGGCAGAGAACCGCAGAGCAACAUCGAGGGAGCCGCGGGGUGUGCGCCGGGCCAGCCUCCGGUUCCCCCGAGCCGGGAGCGGCAUCGCUGUUCAGCCGAGCGAACCCAGCCCAACAGAGCUGCUGCUCCACGAGCGCCCACGUAAGGUCCUGCCGGAGUGUCCUUCACCUUCAAAGUGUGACAUCUACCCCAGCCUCUGUCUGGACAGAUUACUGUAACCCAGAAGAGCAAGAAUGUGACACCCAUGAAAGAAGCUUGGAGAAGAAAGUCCUCCUCCCACAUGGGCACCAGGCACUAGAUAAAUCUGGCAGCGAAGUCAAAAAGAAGAGGAAAUGUAGAACCAUGUGUCAUCAGAUUACUGAAGAUAGUACGUUCUUUAUCAAUCUAUGAAUGUUGAAUGGAAGAAUUAACUGUACAGAAGCCUUUGGAAAAUACAUUUUAUCCCAGGGAAGUGAAGAACGAGACAAAUCACUCAAUCAUUUCUAAGAAUGAUUACAAAGAACCAGACCAAUUGAAAGUAGUCACUCCUCCUGUCAGGUUAUACAGUUGGCUCAAGAAUAUUUCAUGCCAUGCCUCAAUCAUAAACACAAGCAGUAUUUGGGCUGUAGUUUUGUUGCAAGACAUCACUACAGUUUUUUGUGCAUUGCUUCAUUCAUCUGAGAUUCUUUCCAAUGGAUAUUUACCUUUGAACUCUCUGGAUUUACAGUGCCUGCUUCAUUUCAAUGCACCUGCGAUUUUUCAUCCACAAAUUACAAAUACUUGCUCACAGCAGAAUUUCAAGAGCUUUCUUUUCUUCUUGGUAUUUGCCCUGUUUCCAGUAAAUCCCCUACCAUUACAUGGGUAACUGUAAACAAACACAGGGACAGGAACUGUAAUCCUCAUAUGUUAUCUAGCUAUUUGUUUUGAAAAAAGAGAGCAGAUUCAGGACGGAAGACAUCCUGUCUUGAUGACAAUAUAAAAAUGGUUCAACUUGACCUUUCCAAGCUUCUACCUUGCUUUCUCACCAUCAGUUCCACCUAUCAUUCCACAGAUUUUUCUGCAAUUAAAAACAAACAUUAUUUGUUCAUGUUCUUGUCAGCCUGAACAGAAUUGUCUCAUGUUGUUGCUGUUAUUUACAUUACCCAGGUGACAUAUUGAUGAAAACAUACUCACAGCACAGACUCCUCUACCCACUCCAGCGUAAUGGGACCAACAGUAGUCUAUAAUCAACCAAGAAAUGAUCAUACUAUCAUGUAGUAUGAUUAUUUACAAAAGUUAUUUUUAAGGAGCAUUCACUUUUAACUCUGUCCUUCCUGUUCAUGUGUCUCCUGGUACCAGCCCUUCCUGUUCUUUUGUGUUCUCAUUCUGAACUCAAUACCACCCUCCAAAAAAACAGAUUACCAUUCCUGGUUUACAGUCUUAUGCUGAAAUUGUU